AUGCCGACCACUCAGGAGCAUCAGGGAGUUUAUCCCAAGAGCUGGAGCAUGGUCACUGCCUUCCUGUGGGACAAGUACAACGGGCAUGCGUGGGUGAGAGACGUCGACGUGAUCGACAGGCAUAUCGACGUCCAGGGUCGUCUGCACAGCAGGAGGCUGCUGACCCUCUAUUCCAAAACACCCUUCGUCCUCCGCCCCAUCCUUGGCGCCUCUGUGCGUCCCUUCUACCUGCUCGAAGAUUCCGUGGUGGACCUUGAGAACCGAACGAUGGAAGUGAACGUCUGCAAUGUCAACUUGCGAAACAUCUGUUUCUGCAAGAGCGAAUCUUCGUACACUCCUGACGCCGACAACCCCUCAUACACCCGAUACGGCAUCAUGGUUCAGACCAGAGCAUUCCCUAAGGAAAUUUCUUCUACCUCCUCCUCCUCCUCCUCCUCCUCCUCCUCCUCCUGCUCUUUGCAAAACCCGGACAUGGCCGAAAAUUCUUCUCCUCGAUUUCAGGCGAUACACAGGUGA